CGGGGAUCUGACGAGCUCUUCUCCACCUGCGUCUCCAACGGGCCCUUCGCCAUGAGCAACAACCCCACCUCUGCAGCAAACGGCAACGACAGCAAGAAGUUCAAGGGCGACAGCAGGAGCGCGGGCACCCCUUCCCGAGUGAUCCACAUCCGUAAGCUCCCGAGCGACGUCACCGAGGGGGAGGUCAUCUCCCUGGGGCUGCCCUUCGGAAAGGUCACCAACCUGCUGAUGCUGAAGGGCAAGAACCAGGCCUUCAUCGAGAUGAACGCGGAGGAGGCGGCCAACACCAUGGUGAACUACUACACCUCGGUGACGCCCGUGCUGCGCGGCCAGCCUAUCUACAUCCAGUUCUCCAACCACAAGGAGCUCAAGACCGACAGCUCCCCCAACCAGCGCGCCCAGGCAGCACUGCAGGCCGUGAACUCAGUCCAGUCGGGGAACCUGGCCCUGGCCGCCUCAGCCGCCGCCAUGGACGCCGGGAUGGCCAUGGCAGGGCAGAGCCCGGUGCUCAGGGUGAUUGUGGAGAACCUCUUCUACCCUGUGACCCUCGACGUGCUGCACCAGAUCUUCUCCAAGUUCGGCACCGUGCUGAAAAUUAUCACCUUCACCAAGAACAACCAGUUCCAGGCGCUGCUGCAGUACGCCGACCCCGUGAGCGCCCAGCACGCCAAGCUGUCGCUGGACGGGCAGAACAUCUACAACGCCUGCUGCACGCUGCGCAUCGACUUCUCCAAGCUCACCAGCCUCAACGUCAAGUACAACAACGACAAGAGCCGCGACUACACGCGCCCCGACCUGCCCUCGGGGGACAGCCAGCCCUCGCUGGACCAGACCAUGGCCGCGGCCUUCGGUGCGCCUGGUAUUAUCUCAGCCUCCCCGUAUGCAGGAGCUGGCUUCCCCCCCACCUUUGCCAUCCCUCAGGCUGCAGGCCUCUCUGUCCCUAACGUGCAUGGUGCCCUGGCCCCCCUGGCCAUCCCCUCGGCAGCAGCAGCGGCGGCAGCUGCAGGCCGGAUCGCCAUCCCGGGCCUGGCCGGGGCCGGGAACUCUGUCCUGCUGGUCAGCAACCUCAACCCGGAGAGAGUCACACCCCAAAGCCUCUUUAUUCUCUUCGGCGUCUAUGGGGACGUGCAGAGGGUGAAGAUCUUGUUCAACAAGAAGGAGAACGCCCUGGUGCAGAUGGCCGACGGGAGCCAGGCUCAGCUGGCCAUGAGCCACCUGAACGGGCACAAGCUGCACGGGAAGCCCAUCCGCAUCGCGCUGUCCAAGCAUCAGAGCGUGCAGCUGCCCCGGGAGGGCCAGGAGGACCAGGGCCUGACGAAGGACUACGGCAGCUCGCCCCUGCACCGCUUCAAGAAGCCGGGCUCCAAGAACUUCCAGAACAUCUUCCCACCCUCCGCCACCCUGCACCUGUCCAACAUCCCGCCCUCAGUGUCCGAGGAGGACCUCAAGGUUCUCUUCUCCAGCAACGGGGGAGUGGUUAAAGGGUUCAAGUUCUUCCAGAAGGACCGCAAGAUGGCGCUGAUCCAGAUGGGCUCCGUGGAGGAGGCAGUCCAGGCGCUCAUCGACCUGCACAACCACGACCUGGGCGAGAGCCACCACCUGCGGGUGUCCUUCUCCAAGUCCACCAUCUAGGGCCACCGUGGCCCCACCACUUCCAUCAUUCCAGAGAAGCCACUUUAAAGCAGCUGAAGUGACCUUAACAGACCAGAGGUUUUAUUUUUUUAAAGAGAAAUCAGUUUACCUGUUUUUAAAAAAAUUAAAUCUAGCUCACCUUGCUGGCGGGCGGGGGCUGUGGCGGCAGGAGCUCCCCGCCCACGGGCACCUGUCAGGUGGGGCGGUCCUGGGGCGCCCAGCCCUGGCACGGCUUCCUUGUGCCUUAGCCCGCCUGCGUGCGGCCGCCCGCCACGGCCGUGUGCCUCCCGGCAGCUGUGCAGGCCGUGGCCACCCCAGUCCACUAAUCAAGCAAAGUGAUUGCCCCGCCUCCCGGCCCGGCUCCGGGCCCUGUCCUGUAUUGUACUGUGCGGGUGCAGACCCGCGCUAGCAGUGCCUCCAGCUGACCAAAUAUCCUAGUCUCAUUUAUAUGCAAAAGAUAGUUCUACGUAACUUUUUAUAGCAGACGACAGCGUAUGCGUGUAGCCAGCGUUUCUCUCUUUACUUUGUUGUGCUCCUUGCGGCUCACGGGCAGGCUCCGGUCUGCGGAGCAGGCCGGCGGGUCCUCCCUCAGAGACCCCACACUGCAGGGAAGGGGCUGGACCGCGCCAUGCGGCCCCCCGGUGCCCUUCCUCACGCCUUCACUUGGGGUCUGCCUAGAAAACCAGCUCUCCCAGUCCUUCAGGUUUAUUUUUCCUUUCAAAUUUUGGACCAAAGUUUGUUUCUGUUUGUUUGCCUCUGAUGCUGGGAGCCAGGUGGCGGGACUAUGUCUUAACCGGGUCUUCUCCCUCUCCGCCCCGCCCGGCUCAGCCUGUCCCUGGAGGGGGAGUCCGAAAGGAGUAUAACGAGGGUGUAAAUAUUUGUAAUUUUGAUACCUGUUGUAAGACGUGAGGGCACAGACGCGUUUUUACGGUGACACAGAUGUAUAUUUUGAUAACAGCGAUUACAGGCUCAGUAUUGUAGAGCAGCGGUGACCACAGCACAUUCCACUGUCCCCGACGGCUUGUAAUGCAGACCAUUAAAGGGUUUUACAGCAA